GCAUUAAAAUACACCAUUGUUAUAACCACAAUCAAAGAAAGUGGAAAUUGCGGAAUUUAUUAAAGAAAAUAAUAAAGUAAGUAGCAUCCCAUUCAAGAGAUGAAAAAUAGGGAGAUUUCGGUUAGCCUUUCUUACCCGUAUUAACCAUUAGCUUUGCCUACGUUUUGCAGAUUUUGAUGUAUGGAAAUAGUCAUGUUGCGAAUGUCCAUCCAAGAUUUGUUCGCGAUCAAUGGCCAUUUGGAUCUGAGUACAAUAUAGCAGUGCUCAGGGUUGCUAAGAAUGCCUUCAAUGGGUAUAACCACAUCGAUCGUAUAUUUGUCGAAAUAUAUUCGAUUCUAGCUAACACACGUUGCUUCAUACUUGGUUUUUGGUACGAUAAACUAUGCCGGUCUCGGUGACUAUGAUGACUUACCGCACCUCCUGAAUGUGAAUGUCGUUUCCGAGCAGUCUUGUGCUGCCUCUUGGUCCAGAUCUUUAAAUAAGAAAAUAACAUCACGUUUUGUGUUGCGGUCACCUUAGCUAGGAGCCUUCCCAUUGCGCAGCCACGACGUUAUUUAAAGUUGAAGGAGAUCUCCAGCACUACCGGUACGGUUGGUUCCGUUUCGCUAUGAUGGCAAAAAUGUCAAAAGGUUGCUGCAACCACACCGGCGACUAUCGACGAUUUGUGUGCAAAGUGUAAAGUGAAAGAGAAAACCGGUUGGUACGGGGAAUCGGCAAGCAAAAACCAACGUGCGUGUGUGUGUACGUGUAGGUGGCUGUGUGUUUGUGUGUGUGUAUUGGUGGGCAAGCUUGACAUAACCUCAGCAAAGGUCGCUACUCAGUUGGGUCGGAAGAAGUUGAGUAGUGAAGAAGCGCGCGCUUUCCAUCAAGUCGGUAGUGGAUGUUUGAGAGUAAAAGCAAGGAAGUAAUAUCAUAUCAUAUUUAAACCCAACGGUAAUAUCAGGUGAAAUAGGAAGCAAACAGCAAUCAGUAACGGCAGUGGUUAAAGAUAACUAGUGACAAGUGACCAUCCGGUUAGUGAGUUCCGGGUACGAAAGAAAUCCUGCGAAGGCGAAGCACUUCAAAAACAAGAUAUUUCAUUCCGGCAUAUCACGGUGUAGCGCGGAUUUUCGGGAUGGGUGUAGUCAUCAGAAAGUAACGCACAACAGCCAAAAAAAAGUUUGUUGAAUAGCAGAAUAAAAUAAACCCACAUAAAAUGUUACAACGUUGAUGGUAAAGAAGAAAGUGACCACUCUAGCAGUACUCGGAAAUUAGCGCAGUAUCAGUAGAGUUGGAAUUAGUGGAACACUACCAGCAACGGCAACGUUUCCGCAACACCCAAAAACCGCAAACACGCAUGUACCGGCCAAAUUCAACGAUUUAAGUCAACAAAAGAAAUUGCAACACAUAUCAAACACAUCACACGGUAACAGAUGCAUCAUCAAUCGGUAUUAGGCGAAGCACAGUUGGCACAGUGGUGCUAAUUUUAUGCGACGGAUCAAACUCGACGAAAAGUCGGAAUCAUUUUUUUACGGCACAUAAAAACAAACCUCAUUUCACCCGUGUGACCUCCAGCGACGGUUGGAGGGAUUGCAGUGUACAACGGAACGGAGAUGUGUACAGGUGAUCGUACGUUGUCAAAAACGUAACACUCGAUCACUGCCUGUUUUCAACCUUUCGGGUGCAACGUCUGUCUAAAUAUAAAACAAAAAUAAUCUAAUAUAAUCGCUUCAGUUGGCGAAUUAGUUACAAUAAGCAACAUCUCCUACCGAUCUUCAUCUCAAUUAUCACGAUGGCCCUGCUUGGUAGACGGAGAUCCUCCUUCCUGAAGCUAGCCGCCCUGUGCGGUGUGGUAUGGUUUAUGGCUGUGUUUGUACUCUACUCGGACGAUGCUAACCGGGCGGGCCCGAGCGGUAGCGGCAGUGGAGCGGCCAGUGGUGGUGGAGCGAUGGAAUACGAAACGCCCCGGCGAUUGCCACUGGAAGGUAUCCGGAACAAGUUCAAUCAGUUCAUCGAGAACGCACGGCUGGACGCGGAUCGGCAAGAUCCGGUAGUGCCGGAGGUGCCGGAUGUGAACUUUGUCGAUCACAACCGCUUGGAGGAGGAUGGUGAUGAAGGGGAGGCGGGAGCCGGCGGUGUUGAACCGGACGUGGAUGAACCACCGGUAGUGAAGACGGUGAAAGAAACACCAUCAAAGCCCAGCAGAGGACAAGACCAUGGAGGUGGUCUUGUACUGCCCGGUGUUAUUGCCCCACCGAGUGACGGACCGGGAGAGCUAGGAAAACCAGUCAUCCUGCCAAAGGAACUAUCGCCGGAGAUAAAGAAAAUAGUCGACGAAGGAUGGACGAAGAAUGCUUUCAAUCAGUAUGUGGCGGACAUGAUCUCCAUACGGCGAACGCUACCCGAUCCGCGGGACGCUUGGUGUAAAGAAACGGACCGAUACAUGGAAGAUCUGCCACCGACAUCCGUCAUCAUUUGCUUCCACAAUGAGGCGUGGUCCGUGUUGCUGCGUACCGUGCAUUCCGUGCUCGAUCGUUCACCCGAUCAUCUCGUGAAGGAAGUGAUACUCGUUGACGAUUUCUCCGAUAUGCCUCACACACAGAAGCAGCUGGAGGAAUACUUCCUCGCGUAUCCGAAGGUGAAGAUCAUACGGGCAGCAAAACGCGAGGGUCUUAUUCGUGCCCGUCUGCUCGGUGCUCGUCAUGCAACAGCUCCAGUUUUAACAUAUCUCGAUUCUCACUGUGAAUGUACUAUCGGAUGGCUGGAGCCACUGCUUGAUCGUAUCGCGCGCAACUCAACGACGGUGGUCUGUCCUGUAAUCGAUGUCAUCGACGACAACACGAUGGAGUACCAUUAUCGCGAUUCGGGUGGUGUUAAUGUGGGCGGUUUCGAUUGGAACCUGCAGUUUAACUGGCACGCUGUACCGGAACGUGAAAAGCGCAAACACAAGAGCCCUGCGGAACCCGUUUGGUCACCGACGAUGGCAGGCGGUCUGUUUGCGAUCGAUCGCGUAUUUUUCGAACGACUCGGCACGUACGAUUCCGGGUUCGACAUUUGGGGUGGUGAAAAUUUGGAACUCUCCUUCAAGACGUGGAUGUGCGGUGGCUCGCUAGAAAUUGUUCCCUGUUCACACGUUGGUCACAUCUUCCGGAAGCGUUCACCGUACAAGUGGCGAACGGGUGUGAAUGUGAUCAAACGUAACUCGGUCCGGUUAGCUGAGGUGUGGAUGGAUGAAUACGCCCAGUACUACUAUCAGCGCAUUGGUAAUGAUAAGGGUGACUAUGGUGAUGUGAGCACGCGCAAGAAGCUACGUGAAGAGCUCGGUUGCAAAUCGUUCCGAUGGUAUUUGGACAACAUCUAUCCGGAACUGUUCGUGCCUGGAGAUGCAGUCGCUUCUGGCGAGGUGAGAAACAUGGGUUACGGUAAUCGAACCUGUCUGGAUGCGCCGGGCGGUAAGCGGAACCUGCGGAAACCGGUCGGACUCUAUCCGUGCCACAAUCAGGGUGGCAAUCAAUACUGGAUGCUGAGCAAAACGGGUGAGAUCCGACGGGAUGAAGCGUGUCUCGAUUACGCCGGUGAUGACGUUGUACUGUACCCGUGCCAUGGUUCCCGGGGCAAUCAGUACUGGAACUAUUCGGACAACACGCACCUGCUGCGGCACGGUUCGUCCGAUCGUUGUUUGGCGAUCAACGAGGCAAAGAAUAAGCUGAUCAUGCAAGACUGCAAUUCGGCCGUUGAGGCACAACGGUGGUCCUUCCAGAACUAUGACGCCAGCAAACUGUGAGGGAACUGAUGUGACUGGCGAUUACAACACACAACGACACUAAUCCGAGCCACUCGGGUAAGAUCGAUUAGGCGUUCUGGUGCUUUAAACAAUGCCACCGGAUAAAUAGAGAGAGAGAGAGAGAGAGAGAGAGAGAGAGAGAGAGAGAGAGAGAGAGAGAGAGAGAGAGAGAGAGAGAGUUUGUGUGUCUGGAAGGAAGAGAUAGAGUGGUAACAGUUUUCUUCAAAAACAAACCCCAAUACUACUAUCGCUACCUAACACUGGAGCUAUCUCAGGAGCUAAUCUCAGGAUUUGCACCAUGAGUCUCACAGACUCUUUUCCGCGUUUGGAAUGGAAACCAGUUCCAAGUACGAAACAUAAAACCUCUACAAAAAAAAACUGCGCGCGCAAACCCUGUAUGCUUCCUUCAAUCAAUUCCAAAUCACACGUCUACAAUCCCCGAACGCCCGAACAUGAGAGAACAUAGAAUUGAUUUUAAAUUAAUGUGAUGUUUUAUAAGUGUUAGAAGACAGAAUGGCAGUUUAGUUUCCACGUUUUGUUUUAUUUUACCGUUCGAAAAUACAAACAAAAAAUGCUCCUAGCUACGAAGGAAAAGCUACAAAAAAUGGCCGUUGCCUUAUGCUCAACUUGCCAAACCUUUGCUCCCGAAAGGAAAAUCAAAACCAUUGGCAUCAUUAUGAAAUACAUAAAAAUGGGAGCAAAGUGUACGAGUCUUUUAGGCGGAAAAUGAUUGCGUGGAGCAAACAGCAAGUGGAACGUGACUUAUUUGUUUGCUGUUGUAUAUAUUUAAGUAGAAAUCGAUGCAAAAAGGAACCGAGCGAGGUGUGCGGUUUGUCCGUUGACAGAUAGAGACUUUUAUUCCAAUCGUAGAACAAGCGCAUUAGUGUCUUGAUCGUAUGUUUUGUUUUGUCUAGUUACUUUAAUUACCUUGUUUGUCCCUCCAACACGUUGCUUUGCAAUAGUGUUUUGCUAUUCACAGCAUUAUACUUUAAGGUUAAGGUUAACUUCCGAAGCGAAAGGGCUGAUUUGCUAUAUUUAAAGAAUAUUAUUGUUUAUUCUCCGUUUUUUUUCUUUUUCGUUUUGUUUUAUAGUUAGCGAAAACGUUUGCGAAAUGUGAAACGACAAAAUUAAAUAUUAUAUUUAAAUAAUUAUCUGACUGCCAUACAACAAAAGCAAGAAAGUGUAGGGAGCAAACUUCUUGCUAGCAAUAGAAAAAAAAAACAAGCGCAAGGUGUGCAAUUUGAAGGAAAAAAACAAACGAAGGAAAAAGCGUUGAGGAAGAUAGUUAAAUAAUAAACAAGAUCCUAAAGUCAAAUGCGAAAGUAAUGAGAAGAUUAAAAAACACACACAGAAACGGUAAACGUAUCAUACAAACAAUCUUGUAAAGACUUUGCUACAGAAGAUUUCAAAUAACCAAGUAAAAAAAGGAAAAGAACCAAAUUCAACGCAACGCAUCCUUUUUGCAAAUGCACACAGGACAAACAAAACUGAGAGCCGAACGAGAGACAAUCUUAAAAAAAAGAAAUACAAAACACACAAAACUCCAACGCACGCAAGCAGUACUAUAGCGCGAUCCUUCUAGUACGGAGAGCUGAUUUAAAUAACAAAGUAUUCAAUUAUAUAAAUUUCCAAAUUGAAUGUUGAGGCCGUAAAGUUUGAAACUUGCUCAAAGAUAACAAGUGCAUACAAGAAACGAAAAUCUCUGUUUGCGUUUUCUUCCAACAGAGUUACACAUUAUUUGUUUGUGAAUAGCACGAGACGUGGGAAAAGGAAAUUAUAAUUAAAAAAGAAAACCAACCGAAAAAUGUUUUUAAAACACAAGAUGAAAGCGGUUUUAUUUUGCGUCGAAAUACACAUAUCAAGGAAGAAGUAAAAGGAAACGAAACAAAACUAUUAUCUGCCGCAAAAGCGAUGAACUAAAAGUAAGAUAACAACGAUCAUUCCAUUUUUUUCGCCCAACACAAAACAAACUUACGAAAGAGUUGUGCAAUAUGUGUACGGUUUUUGAUUAGUGUAGAUAAUAGACUUUUAUCCUCAACUGGUGGUACACACAUAUCGUCAAAUUAGUAACACAAACUACAGUGGAACCACACUUACUAUCAAGAGUAACUCCUCAAACGAACGAACUUCUCUACUUCCGCUCGUAACAUAUCGAGAUUGUUGUUUUUAUUUACCUUAUUUCGUUCAUAAUGCAUAUAUCUGUACUUAUUACACUAUUUCUACAUCGUUGCAACAGUGAAACAUACAUCUUCCAACAGCAGCAACAAAAGGCAUAUCGAAAAUAGAGAAGGUUUUGAUUAAACGUUUAAACCAAUAUGCAUUCAAACAAUCACAACAAAUAUAGCUUAACGUUGAUUUUAUGAUGUUUGAAAGACACAGUUAGCUUUUAGCGAAAAUGUUUCGUUUUGUUUUCAUCCUAUUGUCAUUUCUCAUAAGGCAUGAGUUAGUUCAAUUGUGCAGGAAAGCGAGUGUGCAGUUACGUAUGGAAAGCAAACCCACAACAUCCCAAAUAGGAGCUAUAUUUAAACCAUAAAACAGGAGAAAUGCUAACAUUUCUCUUAAUGUGCCUUUUAAAAUUCAUGCAUUACGCACCUACAGUAGGGCAUUCGCCAGAGAAGGUACUAGAGAGAAAAGGAGCGAAAGAUCGAUAAUACGAUCGGGAGCAUUUUCCCAAAAUCCACUCCCUGUAAAGUCACAGUUUCCAAAAACAGCAAAAAAAAAAGAAUGCGAUAAAUGCGAAGCAAAGGAAAUGGACAAGGAACGAAAUGGUUUCCAAGUAAUAGAGCGCAAUGAAAUAAUUCCUUCUCCAAUAGACUUCCACGAUCGGGAUAGCAAGGUGUAUGUGUAUAACAACCGAUUAGCUCAUAUAGAUAUAUAUUGAAACUAUUUUUAGUUUGAUCUUAUACAACCGAACGCAAAACAGUAUGUCAUCGUUUUAUCGUAUCAUCGUGGCAAUUGUACUUUAAUAGGAAGAAAAAGAGAGAGAGAGGGAGAGAAAACUCAGAUGCUAUCGUUGAAAGGAUAUCUAGAAAUGGGAGGGGAAAAAACAUGUAAAUAGUAAAGAAAAACAAUUGAAAAGUAGGAAAUAAAACAAAAAGAUGAGAAAAAUCUUUAUCGGUAACGUAUAAAAACAAAACAUACACAUAUCUUUUAUGAAGAAAUAAAAAACACACACAAACACAACAUUUGCAUUAUAGAAAAAACAGAAACAGAUAAAAUAUAAACAAGAAGAAGAGAAAAAAAAACAUAAAACAAAAACUACUGAAGAAAACAAACGUGUGUGGAUAAAAAAACAUUAAAAACAUCGAUAUCUAAUAAUCAAACAAGAAAUCUGGUUUUGUAGUGGAACUGAAAUGAAAUAGGUUUUUUUUUCUUCUUCGUUGAAUCGUCAAAAGGAAAAAAAAGGAAAGGAUACAUCACACCUUUUUACACAUUAGGCUCACAUCGUUCGAAGCUACUACCGAUCCUAUCGCUUGUACCCUCCUAUCAUUGGUGUAGCUAUUUGUGCAAGUCACACGUAAUAUAUGAAGGUAGAGAAUGAUGAAGUAAUGAAAAAUUUUGUAAACAAAAAACGCAAACGUAAACAUCGAAGCAAACGAUACAACCGAAACGUUCAACAGUUAGGGAGCGGUCCACGGAUCAUAAAACAGCCAAAUGGUUAGUAGCAGAAGAAACAUAAAAAACGGCACAAACUACUACCGAGUUAAGAAGGACAACAAAGUGUAACAAUAAAGUAAUAAACGAAAUUUAUUUGGAAAAAAA